AUGAAGGCCUUUGCGCGAGGAGCGACUCGACUUCGCAGCACCUCGCUCAGUGCUGUCCCUCCACCUCGAGCUUCUUCAGAAUAUCUCGACGAAUACGCCGACAUUGCUGCCUCCAUCCUCUAUCGCUCGCCCUUGCCAUCCGAGUCCGGUCUACCCGUCUACAUCCUCAACGCCGCAGCCUUUCCUGAUGCCUUUGAAGUCGACUACGAUGCGCUUCUGCCCUACGUCCUCGCCAGACUGCCAGGAGAGGAAGAGUUGAUUGCAGGUGAAGAAUAUGAGAUUGUCUUUUUUGCUGGUGGACAACCUGAAAGCGCUACUUCCGAGAAGAAGACUGGGCCGGGUAUGGGUUGGUACCUGCAGGCGUACCACGUGCUGAGCAGAGCGGUGCGAAAGAGGUUGCAGAAGCUCUAUGUUGUCCACGAACGCAGCUGGGUGCGUGUGCUCAUCGAGGUCUUUGGCACCAUGGUCUCUCCCAAGUUCCGCAAAAAGAUUGUCCACGUCUCGACUCUCUCGUCUCUCGCCCUACAUAUCCCCAUCGAGAAGCUGCUCAUCCCACCGAGCGUGUAUCUCCACGAUCGUCGCCUCUCACCCGACAUUCAUUCACCCUAUGUCAGUGGCCGUAGAGCUUUCAGCGCCAACGAUCCUAUGCCUCGCAGUCUAUAUGGACAGAGACGUCUGCCUCGUGUGCUGAGAGAAACAACAACUUUCCUGUGUCAAAGCGAAAACAUAAAGACAGAAGGCAUAUUCCGCAUUCCGCCUCAGUCGAUCCUGGUUGGCAUUCUGAGGGAGGCCUACGAUCGUGGUCAACAAUUUAUUGUCUGGAAAGAAGGCGGAAUCACUUACACUCAACCUGACAUGGAUCACCAAACCCUCAGACACAUUCACCAGUCAGAUGCAUAUGGCGUACAUCUGGCAGCUGGUCUCAUCAAGCUCUGGUACCGAGAACUGAAGACUCCUAUAUUUCACGAAACUUGCUAUGACGAAUUGAGAUACAAAUUUGGAAGCCCCGAUACCCAUGUUGAACUGGAUGACCUGGUCGAAAUGCUAUCGCCAACGUCAACCACCUCGUGUCUCUCUCAGACAGCAAGACUGGUACUUAUACUCCACCUUAUUCCACUACUUUCGCUCGUCACGAGCUACUCAGCAACCAACAAGAUGACGCCUGACAAUCUAGCAAUCUGCUUCUCCCCAGCCCUCGUGUGCGGUUCCGAUCAAUUGGCUGACGCGAAGAUGACCUCCAUAAUCCGUCGAAUACUCGAGGCUGCGGUUGAACACUGGCCGCAUGACCUGCGAGACGCUUGUCAGACCGCCCCCGACUCGUUUGUCGCUGCUCUCAGGCCUCCGCCUGCUGCUCAGGACUAUGAGGACCCUUUGUCAGAGAACCACAGAGAUACAUCACACGACUCCGAAGAGCAAUCACACAGAAUUCAUCUCCAAGAUGAUGAGUCUGAGAAGCCAGUCCUACCUCCUCGUCCAUCCUUACAAACGAGGCAGCCUGAGGACUCCAAUUCGACGUUUCCUGCGAGAACUGACAGUCUGGCUUCUCCCAUCAAACGCAAGCCUGCGCCAAUAGGUGGUGCUCCUCCGUCUUACGCA